AUGCACAAAUGCACAUACGACGGGUGUUCCCGCAGCUUCAAACGGCCAGAGCAUUUGUCUAGGCACAGACUGAACCAUCAACCUCGUACAAUCCACGAAUGCAGCAUCUGCCACAAAGACUUUGUGCGUCUGGAUCUGCUCCAACGCCAUCUCCGCCGGCAUGAUCGGGGAAUGGUAAAGUACAGGAACUCGGGUGGCUAUUCCACGAGGACCGAGCUCCCGGUUCGUCAUGCCGACGUGCAAAAGCCAGAAGAGUCCCGAUCAGUGCCGGCGUCGGAGUAUAAGCCGGAGCAGAAACAACUACCCUCUAGGGCAAAGUCAGAAUUCUCUCAGGUUUCCGGAUCCCCCCUGAGUUCCAUGAGCCAAGAUGUGCUUGAUCCGGUCCUUCUCCAAGCUGCCCAGUUGGCCAGUCAAGAAAACGGAUAUCUCGCCCCUGGGAACCCGUCAGAGCCGAUGCAGCAGCUUACUUUUUUCCACGGGCCCAGUGAUGGAUCUUGGUUCACUCAAGAUCUGGACUGGCUUUUUGGUUCGAGUCCGGAAGAAGUGUCGUCAAGGUUCGGCGAUUUGCAACCCAUUAGUCAAAGCUCUCCGCUGGAGAGUUUCCCGGGAUCGUUUGUUCCUCCCCCUUCUCAUAACCAGGAUAGCGACUUUAUCGAUCCCGUGUCACGACAACGGGUGAUGGAGGCACUCUCGUCUCUCCCUGCCGAGCUGUUGACUUCGAGUUUCUUUGACGCUGCCAACUUGCAGAUGUUUAUGCAAAAUUAUUGGCUCGAGUACAAUCCACAUUUCCAAAUGCUACAUCGUCCAAGUUUCUGUGUAGCCGAUGUCCCCCCUUUGUUGCUAGUCUCGCUCUUGACGCUCGGUGCGACCUUGUCUCCCGACGACUCACACUAUGCUGUGGCCGAGAAGAUUCAUCAGAACCUCCGAUGGUUGAUAUUUACGUCACCGUCUUUCAGGACUCCCGCCCCUCUGUGGGUGAUCCAGUCUUUGUUGAUCGUCCAGGCAUAUGAGAAGAUGUUCUCUACAAGGAAACUACACGAAAUGUCACAUAUAUUCCACUCUUCGGUAAUCACGCUUAUGCGGCGAGGGAGCUGCUACAGUCCAGGACAGACCACCGGCGGCGACCUCUCGAACCUGGAAAACACAUGGCAUCGGUGGAUUGAACAAGAGUUGACCCAUCGGGCCGCUUAUUUUGCUUUCGUCAUGGAUGCUCAGCACUCUUCCAUAUUUGGACAUGCCGCGGUGCUAUCUUUGACCGAUAUUCGACUGCCAUUACCAUGUGCAGAAGCGCUAUGGGAUGCGCCCACCGCGACUGCAUGGAAUCGAGAACGCUCUCGGCAGCCCUCCUCGACGCCUUUUUUUCUCCCCGCGCUCCGGGCUCUACUCUGUCGCCAACCCUUGCCACAUACCUAUAGCACUUUUGCACGCUUUGUGCUGCUGCAUGGGCUGUUCAGCCUCACUCGCCACAUGACCAUAAGAGACCAGACAGCCUCCUUCAUUGGAGGAAACACCUUCAGCCGCCCCGCCGACCCGGAAGCUAACAUCACCAGCGCUUCGGCGUCUCCGCACCCAGAGGAUGUCGAUGACUGGCGUGAACGGGUUGCUCGUGCUGUUGAUACCUGGUCACUGAGCCUCUUUUCCCGUUCUCCAUCGCUUUGUCUCGAGGCCGCCAAGCCACUGCAGCAUAUUGCACACAUCAACAUCCACACCAACUUGAUUGACUUUCACAUUCUAGCAGGGGCGCCCAACCUUGCCACAGGAGUGCGCGCCCAUCCGGCAAGCAUCAGUGACGACAGCCAAUAUGCGAGGGCCUGUGAAAGAGUCCUAGCCUGGACCAGGGACCUACCCAAUGCAAAGCAAACGUUGAUUCACUGUCUCACCUUGAUCCAGGAGACCAUGUUUACCCGGACACAGUAUGUGGCUUCCGAGGACAACAUCCUUUUGCGACCCUGGGUUUUGUAUCAUAGCACUCUCGUGGUCUGGGCCUAUGGAGUGCUUACCGAGGGGAUCCAGCUGGGGGGAGUCUGUAGUGCUGAGGAUUAUCUUUCACAUAUGCUCAACCACCUACUGGGGAAUGGUGAUUUUUCACAGCUGCGCGGGGCCAAUCAGACCUCGGGUCUCAUUGCAUCAGUCAGCGCCGCGCUCGACAACUGCAGGUGGGAGCUCUUGCGGGAGGCCAAGGAGACGCUUGACUCCCUCGGGCCACAGUCCAGGCUUCUGUUAUCCAUCAGAGGGGCCACGGGCUUUUCUGAUGUGACACGCGAAAGAACAGUUGGCAUGCCGGAGUAA